AUGUGCCCAUUUGGUAGAUUUGGUUUUGAAGUUUAUUAUUUGAAAACGAUAGUUGCCUGUUGGGAAGGGGAGUAUAAAGGAUUUUGUCAGGAUUUGGUUUUGGGUGGGAUGGUGCGAAACUCUUAUGGGUCUCAAGGUGCAGAAGGAGAAGUUUAUCAAUUUGGGGUUUCAUCGACGUCGGGUCGAUACUGGAAUGCCUAUCUAUCCACAUUAGUUCUUGAUCGUGGAGGUUUCGCUUGUUAUUAUAUACCAGUUCCCAAUAUUUGUAAGGCCUUUGGAUGUAUUGUUGUUACUGUUUCACAAGACCAGUGGCAGAGGAGGUUGUAUGGUAUAGCAGUCAGUUUUCGAGAUUACAUUGCAUGGGAUUAA